AUGGAAAUAGAUCACGGGGAAGGUUCACCUUCCCCACCCCCACCUAAACCUCCAGAUAUUCAUAUUGUAAGCCCCAAAUUGGUUAAGCAAAACAUCUUUAAAAAUAACGAAAAUAUCGUAUCACUAAAUAACCAAGACGAAAAUUCAACAAAUUUUUCCCAGACUAUAGGUAACAUCAACAGUGACAAGGUAAGUCAGACAAAUUCUUUAAUUCCCAACCCAUUGAAUGGAGCAGCAAUUAAAAAUGACAUUAAUACUAACAAUAUAUCAAAUCAGAAAUUGCAUACUUAUUAUAAGAGUACAGAUUUAGGCCCAUUACAAGUUUACAUUGAAAAUAACUGCACAGAUUUUCGGGGUAAAAUUAUGAUGGAUCCAGAUUCAUUUAAGAAAACCAAAAGAAAAAUAAGAUGCACUCAUGAGUUCAAUCAACUACAUAGAGAAAGCCUAGCUAUUACACCUUCUAAAAGUAGUGCAUCUGAGAAAAAAGUAUCCAAAAAGAAUAACGCUUUUUUUUAUUUACCAAAAGUAGAUAUGGACUUUGGAUGUAAAGAAAACAGUUCACCUAAUAUUUCAGAAAAGAAAUUGUCAAAAAGAAAGAGACAAAAUGAAUCAUCUAAAGGUUUGCUUCAAAAUAUUUGUAAUUCUGAUAUUAAAGAAACAUGGAACGAAAGAAGUAAUGAAACUUCUGUCGAUGGAGAGAGAAAAGAUUCCACAGAAAUUCUCUUUAAGAAGAGAAGAAAGAAAAAAAAGCAAUUAUCUUUUAAAGAACAGUCAAAGGCCGGUAGCAAUGAAGAUUUAUCAAAUAUUAAAAUGGGAAUCAGCAUAAUUGACAAAACAAUAAAACAGUCUGUAAGCCAAAAUGAUACUGAACAAAAUCUUGAUUCUAAUGACAAUAUUACGAAAAUGCAAAAUUUUGACCCUAUUGAUCAUGUUAAAGUUAGAAAAUCAAAAAGCAUAUUAAACACAUUCAACAAACACCCAUCGAGGAAAUCCACAAUAAAAACAAGUUCUAAAAGCUUAUCAGAUUUAGCACCAAGUCCAAUAGGUAGUGAAGAGAUAUCAGACGAUGUAUUUUCAGAUAGCUUUAAAUUAUCAGAAACAGUAGAAUGCAACAAUGAAUUAUUCCCUUCUGAAAAUAAUUCAAAUAAAUCCAAUACAUUUGAACUGCAGAGUAGCAUCUUUGAUGUUUCUCAAUUGCCAGUCAUUCAAUCUAUUAAAAAAGAUUUAGGUAAUUGUGAAAAUAAUGGUAAUAAAAGGUUAAAAUCGUUGAACACCAGAAAAUCGGUUAAUAAUAUAAAAAUAGAAAAAUGUAUGAGAUCGAAGUCUUCAAGUGGAAACUCAAGUAAAAUGAACAAGGCCUCAUUAAGUAAUGUUUCUUACAGUAGUAGGAAGUCUGUACGAUUUACAGAUUGCAAAAAUGAUAAUGAUUUUUCCAUUUUAGAACAAAAUAAUUCAAUUAAAUACCGAAAAUCUCCAUACAUUAGUAAUUUUUCUAAAAAUCGAAGUAAAAAUGAACAACAUUUGUUUGAUAUAUCUCCCAAUGGAACAAGCACAAACUUCAAUGAAACUUACGAAAUGAUUUCACCCACAAAGUCGGAGUCUAAAAUUACUAAACGUAAAAAAUGGAAUCGAUCAUUAGGUGCAUCUAUAUUGGAUUCUACUGGUUUAAUUCAUACUGUUUCACCUCCAUGGGAAAUUGAGGAAUCAAAUAACUCUUUUAACUUCAGUUAUGGAAGCAACUCUAGUUUGGCAAUGAAUUUAUUUGAUUUAAACUGCCAAAUAAUACAUUCACCGCAAAAAGAAACUGCAAACUGUUCGACACCAAUAAAAAUAGCCAGUACAGAGGAAAAUAGAAAUUCGUUGGGAAAAAAUCCAUCAAUAAUUGUACAUUCGUUGAAACAAUCCAAAUCGACCGGUACUUUAAAAUGGGCCGAUAGUCCUAUCGGAAAAGCGUCUUGUUCCAAGAAGACUAUCCAAACUGACAAUAAAGCAAAUUAUGGAAGUUCAAAUAAAAAAGUUAAAGUGCCCAAUUUUGCUCUAAUUCAUCAAAAAGCUUAUGACAAAUUAGAAAAUUUAAAAGAUAUGACAGAGCGUAAAGCUUUGAGAACUAAACUUUUACUUUCUGGAAGAAAGCCUAAUAUUGAAAAUUUAGAAGUAAAAUCUCCAAGAUUCAAGAUUAAAUCUCCCAAAAGUAAGAAAUUGCUAAGGUUUAUUCCAAAGAGAAAAUCACUUGAUAAAUUAAAGGAACAACAAGCAAGUUCUUCAUCAAAUACUGGCACAAAAGACGAGGUUGCUCCUUCUACAUCUAAUCCUAAAGUUAUUACUGACAAAUCUCUAAAAAAUAAAAUAAAGUCCAAUAUACCGAAAUUGACAAAGAAACCUAUUGAAGAUCAGAAGAAAGGAUUAACAAAAUUAAGUUUAAAAUCAGUUACAGAUGAAAAAAAAUCGAAACAAGGUGAAAUUAAAGCUGUUGUCAAUAAAACUAAAGUAGUGAAGAAUUCUAUCGAGACUAGAAGGAAUGCUGUGCAAGAUCAAAUUAAAGCUGUUGCCAAUAAAACUAAGGGAGUGAGGAAUUCUAUAGAGACUAGACGGAAUGCUGUGCAAGAUCAAAUUAAAGCUGUUGCCAAUAAAACUAAGGGAGUGAGGAAUUCUAUAGAGACUAGACGGAAUGCAGUGCAACAUGUAAGAAGUAAUAGGAGAUUUGAGUUACUCAUGAAAAUGAGGAAAGGAAAACAUUAAUUUAGUAGCGUUUAUGUGUGUCUAAAAUAAAUUAAACAAUUAUAAAAAAAAUGCAUAAAACUUAAAAUACUAUAUAAUAGUCUAAGAGACCGUGGGAGAUCGACCUUCACCCAUCUGAUAACCAGAUGAGGCUUAUUUUUUAUGAAAUUGUAUUGAUUUAUUGACCCGCCUAUGGGAACCUAUGUCAACCAAUAAAAAUUGAUAUCAGAAGAGAGAUCUGUAAUGUGUGGACGGUGGGUUACCCCCACGGCACUUAGGCCUCAUUAGGCCCAUUGUGCAUCCUCCUGAGAAGAUAGGCACCUCCUAGCUCGUGUGCCAGAAGAGAGAUAAUUUAAUUACGAAAAUAAUCGUAUAGGCUUGCCUACAAAAAACUGUUCAUAGAAUACUAAUGCCAUGCUUUGACAAUUUAAAAUCGGAGCAAUUAAAUAUGUAGGAGAGAGAGAGAGAGAGAGAGAGAGAGAGAGAGAGAGAGAGAGAGGGCGAGAGGGAGAGAGAGAGAGAGAGAGAGAGAGAGAGAGAGAGAGAGAGAGAGAGAGAGAGUAAAACGUGCUAAGUCCGUGUGAUAGAACAGGACACAACAUAGCAAAUGCGCGCGAUAUGUCCGUUGAAUGUAACCCAAUGCGCAUGUUCUUUUACAUGCGAUUGACAGAGACAGUGCUAAUUUGUUGAAAAUUAUUUUGGCGCGGAUGACAAUAAAAUUUAUUUUAAUAUACUACUAUAAAAUAUACCUAUACUUUAUAUUUUCCAAUCAUUUGCACGAUGUCAUUUAUCUUCAAAGGUGUUUAGUCCCCACCAAAUCCAAUUGGUUUUAAAUAAUUAUUUUAUAUUAUUACUUAAAACUAAUUUUAUUAUAACAUUUAGAGUGAUAACCAACAAAAUCUAGCGAUUCUUUGGUUAGCUGGAUACUUCCAUAUUUGAAGUUUUGCUUUUUACGGAAAGCCAAUUUUAAAGAACAUUCAAAAUGAAUUAUAACCACAUAAAAACACUUUUUAUUUAUGUUUUACUAUUUAUUUUAUUUUCCAAUUACAAAUAAUACUCAGCACUUGUUGUCACAACCUAAUGUUCAACAACAAUAAGCACUCUCUCUGUCAAUCACAUGUAAAAGAGCAUGUGCAUUGGGUUACAUUCAACGGAUGUAUCGCGCGUAGUUGUUAUGUUGUGUCCUGUUCUAUCACACGGACUUCACACGUUUUACUUUCUCUCUGGCACAUAUUCAAUUGCUCCGGUUUUAAAACUUUAAAGCAUGGUAUUAGUAUUCCAUGACAGUUUUUUGUAGUAAUUAAAUUAUCUCUCUUCUGAUAUCAAUUUUUAUUGGUUGACAAAUCGAUGUAGUUACCUAUAUUGACUUACCUGUUCAUACCUACUUGCCAAUAAGUAAACAAGCCUAUCGAAGCAUAUUCUUCAGGUUAAAAACUAUCUGUUAAAACUAAAUUUGUUUGGUUAUCAGAAAAGUGAAGGUUAUAAAAAAAUUGAUUGAUUAAAAUUUAUUUAAUUAAAAAUAGCCAUGAAUCCUUUUCGAAUGGCAAGUUAAUAAAUCUAUAAUUUCGUAAAAAAUAUGUCUGAUCUGGGGUCCUAUUCUCGAAUGUCUAUUAAAAAUGUCGCAUUCGUCAUAAUGUCUACUACUAGUGUCUAUCAACAUGUCGAUCGACUGUCACUAUCCAUAUUCUCAAAGUAAAAUCGACAAUUUGUAAUCGGUGACAUAUUUGGCGAAUGGUAACAUCUGGCAACAUUGGAUAGAAACAUACAAGACGAGUAUAUUACAGCACACAAUUACUUGAAGGAUCCCUUAGUUAUACAAAGUAAUACUGCAAAUAUAUCCCAAAUAUAUGUCUUUUUAAUAAAUACUAAUUAGAAAGUAGAGUAAAUAUAAUAUAAACUAAAAUUUCAUAAGGGAUUAAAUGGAAAAUUGGAAGUACAAUUUGGUAAGAGAUUAAAUAGUAAAAAGAAGAAAUAUAUUAUUAUCUCAGUAUAAUAUAAUCUAAACAUUACAUAAAAUGUCUUUGAUAUAAUCUUUUUACCUGCAAUUUGAAAAAAUAGAACUAUAUAAAUUUCUUAAUGACAGGUAUUACAUCUCUUUCAUGGGCCGAUUCCUUGAAGAGCAAAA